CAAAGAUACCACAAAUAGGGGCCACCAUAACAACAACAGGGAGUCCCUGCAAGGCAGGAGGAGGCAGUCACAGGGGCCACCAUAACAACAACAGGGAGUCCCUGCAAGGCAGGAGGAGGCCAGUAUUAGGGGCAGUCACAGGGCCACCACAACAACAACAGAGAGUCCCUGCAAGGCAGGAGGAGGCCAGUAUUAGGGGCAGGCAUAGGGGCCACCUAGGGAGCCACUGCAUAACACCACAACACCACCCUCAGGGGCCCCACAGUCAGAUCUCUCCAUCCCAGCUCAGUCUGCCUGGAAAGCAGGGUCUACAGCUCAGACACCAGGGGCUAUCUCUCUGUGUAAACCAGGGCCAAGUGUUCCAUUAUUUAAGGAAGCACGCCCCACAGCUCAGAGAUCAGGGGUAAUCUCUGUACAUCAGGACCUCAUCUGGUCCACUGUCUUAUAUGUUCUACCAAAAAAGGAACAUAAAAGUGUAAAAGGUGAAGGCUCCCAUAGAAAGGCUGGGGCCACAACCCAGAAGGAUUACGCACAGCCAGGGGCCACAUCCUGGGGGCCCUGUGCAUAGAUUACCCGGGACAGGAUGGGGAGAGGCAAAGGGGAUCCAGAGAGCAGCUGAUCCAGCCGGCACCCCCAUGAUGAAUGGUAGCUUUUUCCCGGAGGUUUCAUCCUCCCCGUCUCCCAAUUGGAAGGAGUUCUGUGAGAUCCACGCUCAUGCUGCUGCCUUGGACUUUGCUCGUAGAUUUCGGGCCUUUCUGAGCGAGAAUCCACAGUAUGCCACACCAGGGGCUGAGACCAGCUUUUCACGGCGCUUUGCUGAGCAUUUUGUAGAGCACUUUGAAACAGAGGUGAACAAGACCCAAGCUCCUGAUGGCCCUUCUCCCACCCGCUGCAGUAUUGUCCCUUUCACAGGUGCACAGGUUUCAAAUCGAGAUCUCUCUGAAACAUGCAGUGACUCAUCACUGGCCUCUCCUGUGGAAACACAGCCUAGGCAGGACUCUUCUGGUAUUACCUCUGGCCUAUCCAGUAGCCAGUCCCACAGUUCAGAAGAUGUGUCCACAUCUUCAGCCACAGCGAAGCCACGUCUGAAAAAACGUUUCUCUCUACGUAAUGUGAGUCGGAGCGUGCGGGGUAGUGUUCGGGGUAUGCUACAGUGGAAGAGCUCAGCAGAGUCUCCGACCGAAGAGACAACGGGGGCCAAUAGCAACUGUAAUUCUUCAUCCAGCAGGGGUGGAGGAGAAAGGUGGACUCAUAGGUUUGAGAAAUUACGGCUGAGCCGGCCUCCUGCCCCCAGAGCAGAACCGAAGGAUGUGAAACGGGAAGGGGUUCUGAACUACGUGGUAGCAGAAGAGGUCAACAGUAGCAGCAGGGCCCGGUGGCAGAAGUGCCGUCUUCUCCUGCGAAAGGCUGGGAGUGAUGAAGGUGAAGGAUACCUCAUGGAGUUUUACAUUCCUCCUAAGGCCACAAAGCCACGGGUCAUCUUUCCUUGUUCGUCCCUUGUGGACGUUCGGACCACGACCCCCUUGGAGAUGCCAGACAAGGAAAACACAUUUGUGUUAAAGACGGAGAAUUCCUCAGAGUAUAUCCUGGAGUCGGUAGACCCUCUGCAGAUGAAAUCUUGGCUGUCUGACAUACAGGACUGCAUGACCUCUAGCAGGGAUGCAGUUGAUGCCACAGACCUUCCUCAUAUAAACCAUUCAGAAAGCAUGCCUAGCCGGGAUCUACCUCUUUUACCCACAGAGAGCAGUGAGCAGCUCUGCCAAGGGGCUUAUGGAGGGUUGUCUGAGCGCCCCUCUGCCUCAAUCUCCCCCAGCUCUGUCUCCAUGACACCCUCACACUUCGAUUCCAUGGAGCUUCUCCCACCAGAGUUGCCACCUCGAGCGCCCAUUGACGAAGGCGAGAGACCUCAAAAUCCCAUGGGUGUCCCCUUUCCUGACACACCUGAUACGGCAGCUUCGUUCAUUUUCCAUGGAGAACCAGACCCGGGAGAUGGUGAGCAUCCUCUAUCAGAGUAUCAGUGGUUUCAUGGCACACUCUCCCGACUGAAGGCAGCACAGCUUGUGUUGGCAGGAGGCACCAGCAGCCAUGGAGUUUUCUUAGUGCGGCAAAGUGAGACCCGGCGGGGAGAGUACGUGCUGACCUUUAAUUUCCAGGGCAAAGCCAAGCACCUUCGUUUGUCCCUCAACGAGGAUGGACAGUGCCGAGUCCAACAUCUCUGGUUUCAGACCAUCUUUGACAUGCUCGAACACUUCCGAGUGCACCCCAUCCCCCUGGAAUCUGGGGGCUCAAGUGAUGUCACUCUUAUCAGUUAUGUGGUGUCUUCUCAGCGGUUACAUGAGGCAGCCAGCACCCGUAAUCCUCCUCCUUUGCCCCCACAUCCUUUAUCUCGGCACCAGAGUUCAGAGGGAACCCUACAGCACCCUUGGUUCCCGCUCAGCGCCUCCCCGCCAGACGAACCCCCAAUUAGCCGCCCCCCUCUGGAGCCUCCUGUUGCUCAGCAUGAGGAGGGGGAAGUUUCUGUGGAAGAGCAAGAAGAGGCUGCAGUUCUCCUCCAACAGCUCCAACCAGGAGGCACGGGUGCAGAGGAUACCAAUGAUGCCAACAGUGCAGCCUCACGCGCAAGAGCAGUGAACAACCAAUAUUCCUUUGUGUGACCAGACGGUGGCAGAGGUUUGCCUAGCUGACACUGGCGUUAUGCGUUUCAACCCUCCUCAUCCAGUGCUUGCUCUUAUAUUCACCUGUUUUACCUGAACAGUUUUUGUACGGGUACAGACACACUAACAUGCCAAGACCCAGCACAGAGUCUGGGUACAUCCUGAUACACUACAUGCCAAGACCCAGCACAGAGUCUGGGUACCUCCUGAUACACUACAUGCCAAGACCCAGCACAGCACCUGGAUACAUCAUAAUACACUACAUGCCAAGAUAAUGUUUUACCUUGGCCCAUGCCUCUGAUCCAAUACACAUCAUGACAACCAUAUUCCAACAUAACACUGCUGCAAUGCCAGUCCUCUCCAAUACACUACAAGCCCAAAGAAUAUAUAGCCCAAGAAAAGAAUAAGCAGAGCUUGCAAGCCGAUCUUAUUGCCCACUUUUCAGCUGGUACGGUUUGUUAUUGUAUAAUCCGUGCUCCAUGCCAGCACAUAGUCCUUCCCUUUCUGUGAUGCUCCCACAGUUUGGGUAUGUGUAUUACUACUGCAUGUUCUCCAUUACAGUAUGUAUGGAUCUAUCAUUUAUUCCCAGGCACUUAAGACAUCUUUUUGUACCCAUUUCUGCUUCACACACACACCUGGCAAUUUUAUUUCAUUGUGUACACAUCCCUUCAUGACUCGUCUCCUAGUGCACCUUGCUUACACAUGCACACCGAUACAGUGCUCAGAGCCAGCCCUGUUGUCCACAUGUUCUCCUCUACACCUUGUUAAGAGGAAGAGGAUCAUUUAUGCAGGACAAGUUAUGAGGUGUGAAGGGCUAGCACAUUGAUUGGCUUGGAGUAAAUCCACUUGACGGUACAUUCACAGAUACAUUCUUAUUGGGUUCAGUUAGGCGCCAAUGAAUGUGUUUUAAAGGUACGAAGAUUUAAAUGGAAGGAAAUUGACAACAGAGUGGAUCUUCAGUUUGAGUUUCUCAAAGGGAAGCGAAACGUUGUGGGUGUUAGUAACGUAUCAGAGGACCAACAAUGUUCUUCAAAGAUCAAAUAGUGAGCAUUUAUAGCCGAACCUCAGUUUUGUGUUUUUACGACUUGAGUUUGAAAACUAUUCAAUCUAUUUAAUGUUUCUGCAAUUAUAGCAAAUAGUUAUUGUAUUUAAAGGUACAGUGUUUGCAUGAUGGGGCAGCCACAAGGAUGGAUUCACUUAAUCUCUGAGAGGGAGAAUGAAUUGGUAAAUUAUUCAAUCCACAGUUUUUGCUGAAAAAGCACUUCAGCCCUUAUGACAGCUGUCAAGUUUAUGGGUUAGAGUUCAAGGUACGACCCGAAGACUAGUAAAUAGGAUGGUAUGGAGGGGUGUAAAAGAACCCUCUUUUUAGAGGUAAUAAAACACUAGCUUCCUGCUUCUCACUACAAUUUGGAUAUUUAAUUUUUGCUUUUCAUACAAAUCUAUCUAAUUCUUUGAGUCAGAAUUAAAAAAAAUAAAAAAUGUAACGCAAAAUGCGUUGGUCAUGCUUCUGCCACUCAAAGGGUAAAGUAAAUGUAGAACGAUUGAUUAGGACUAAAAGUAUUCCAGGCUGUAUAACUCUGCAGCUUCCUUUCACCAAAGGGCACGAUUUAUUUUUAAAAUAAUUCUGCAGUGGCUGCUCUGACCAAUAGGUCACUGUAACUCCGUAAACCGUUCAGAGCAGCCAUGCUUUGAUCUACAACCUGUAAAAGCUGACUACACUCUUAACAUGUAGAGAUAACUGUAACUUGUGAUGUUCGUUUCAACAACUUAAGCGUGAGUGCGUACACACGUACAUUCACAAAAAAGAAUACAUAUAUUGUUCUUGUUUGCUUAUAUUUACCUGUACGAAUUGUAUAUACAUCCUAAUGGAAUUCUUUGGUCACGUGGUUAUGUACCAAGGAGUGUAUAAGAUAUAUAUUCUCUACCUAUCAUAAAUAUGUGUGUAUAUAUUCAUGUUUAAAGGGAAUUUAUUGUGAGAGCUCUGUACAUUAGUAACAUAGUGUAAUGUUUUUUUCGUAAAGGUACCAGUUUGAAUGCUAGUCUUUUUUUUUUUUUUGACCUUGUAUUUGUAAACUCAAGUUAACAUUAUGGCUGAUAAUGCAACUCUAAUCUCUCCAGCCUCCACUCUUUAUUUUUUUUUUUUUUUUUUUUUCCUUUGCCUAUUUUAUUAUGCUGCUAAAUAAUAGAUGUAUGUUGUUACAAUUCUCAUAUUUGAAAAGAAAAAAAAAAAGGCGAUGAAUUUCCAAGUAGGCUUAUUGUGCAAAAAUCACCAUAGGUUUGACGGAGUUCGGUAGAACAGUGAAGUAACCAAAUUCUAGAUGAGAGUUUAUUUGAUAAAAAGAUGAACAAACUUGCUAUUUUUAUUUUUCUACAACACUGGAACCACCACCACCACCACAUCAUCAUCCUUUUGAAUUUAAAGGUACUCAAAGCAGGACAGUUUCAUUAUUAACUCCCUUUAAACAUGAGUGUGAGAGGUUUGUAUAAUUUAUAGAUGUAUUGAAAUGAAAAUACAAACUGUGUGUGUGUACUUAAAUAUAUAUAACACACACACAAAAUAUAUUACAUUUUAUAGCGGUCCUGUAGAUUACCCAAUUUAGAAACAUGCCAUUAUCAGAAAGAGACCAUUAAGGUUUCUUUCAAGUGGGCAUGUCUAAUCCCUAGAAUUUGACUACUGCCGAAUGAGAAUCAUUGAGAGAGGGGGCGUGUGGGUUAUUAAGAUCAAAUCCGCAGACUACACUUAGUCGCAGCCUCUGUCGUUAGAUACAUGUUAAACAUAAUGCACAGAUACAAAACAAACCUCUUUAGACUGCCAUUUCAAUUGGAUGCUUAAUUAAAAUAUAUAUCUAAGCUUCUACAUUUAAAAAAAAAAGGGUGUGGUCUGCUUUUAACAGAGUUUUGCUCUGGUAUAUAUGUACAUACCCACUCAAUAAAUGCAUAAUUACAUGAAACACUUCCCCCCCCCCCCCAAUUAUGGAA